CGCGGACUGCCUGGUUUGAGAUGUGAGUGGAAGAUGUCGGUUUCGGGUCUGAAGGCCGAAUUGAAGUUUUUGGAGUCAAUUUUUGACCCAAACCACGAACGUUUCAGAAUUAUCGAUUGGAAGCCCGAUGAGCUUAGUUGUCAAUUUAAUGUAACCGGUGAAAAACUGUUGAUAAUACAUUGCAACAUCACGGAGUCAUACCCCUCUACACCCCCAAUCUGGUUUGUUGACUCUGAUGAUCCAAGUCUGACAGAGGUGUUGGAGCGCUUGGAAGAUGUCAGAAAAGGAACAUCUUUGCUCCUGCAGCAGCUAAAGCGUCUCAUCUGUGACCUGUGUCGACUGUACAACCUGCCCCAGCACCCAGAUGUUGAGAUGCUAGAUCAGCCCCUCCCUGCUGGGCCCAUCAACCCAGAGCGCAAGCAUGGACCAGCAGAUGAAGUGACAUCCGAGGAGGAGGAGGAGGAAGAAAUGGGCGAGCAGGACAUUGAAGACCUGGACCACUAUGAGAUGAAGGAGGAGGAGCCUGUACAUGGGAAGAAGUCAGAGGACGACGGGAUUGAGAAGGAGAACCUGGCCAUCCUUGAGAAGAUCCGUAAGAACCAGAGGCAGGACCACUUGAACGUAAGUGCUCAUUCGGGUGCCGUUUCUGGUUCAGUUCAGGCCUCCGAUCGUCUCAUGAAGGAACUCCGGGAGAUCUACAGAUCACAGAGUUACAAGACAGGUAUUUAUUCGGUGGAGCUAGUCAAUGACAGCCUUUAUGAAUGGCACGUCAAAAUAAGAACGGUAGACCCAGAUAGUCCGUUGCAUAGUGACUUGCAGGUUCUGAAGGAAAAGGAAGGGGUGGACUACAUUCUGCUCAGUUUCUCAUAUAAAGAUAACUUUCCUUUUGAUCCACCGUUCGUACGGGUCGUCUCUCCUGUGCUGGCCGGAGGGUACGUUCUUGGCGGAGGGGCCUUAUGUAUGGAGCUUCUCACAAAACAGGGUUGGAGCAGUGCCUAUUCCAUUGAGUCUGUCAUCAUGCAGAUCAAUGCCACCCUAGUCAAAGGAAAAGCCAGGGUGCAGUUCGGAGCCAAUAAGAAUCAGUACAGUCUUGCCAGGGCACAACAGUCAUACAAAUCCCUGGUACAGAUUCACGAAAAGAAUGGCUGGUACACACCUCCUAAAGAAGAUGGGUAAAGAGUUCACUCCUCAUUCUCCCUGGGAACAUAAUGUCUUUUGGGUAAAAAAACAACAACAACAAUAUAUUUUAAUUUCUUUUGGAGCUAUUUUCUCCCUUCUGACUUAUUUGGGAGUUAUAUCAUCUUUCUUGUGGAAACCAACUGGCAAAUUCUUCCGUCUGGCCUGUCGUCAGCUCAGUAGACCAGUAUCUCUUCUCUGCCUGGCCCAAUAACGGGCUAGACUGUCUACUCCCUGCUGCAUUACUCCACUGUCCCCUUCACCUGAGGAGAAUGUCUGUUAUAAAUGAGGGGCUCGGAGGUCCUGUUGCAUCACUCCACAGCCCCCUUCACCUGAGGAGAAUGUCUGUUAUAACUGAGGUGCUCGGAGGUCCUGUUGCAUCACUCCACUGUCCCCUUCACCUGAGGAGAAUGUCUGUUAUAACUGAGGUGCUCGGAGGUCCUGUUGCAUCACUCCACAGCCCCCUUCACCUGAGGAGAGUGUCUGUUAUAACUGAGGGGCUUGGCUGUCCUGUUGCAUCUUUUCACAUUUUGUUUUCCCUUAUCUCUCUCUCGAUGUGGAGAACAGCCUUUUCUCCUUCCAUACAUGCGCUGGUUUUGACGACGUGGGCUCGACUAACGGAUCAUCUUGAUUAGUUCCUCCUCGGUGAGAGAACCUACCUACUGUACAGCAGACAGGUCUGACUAGAGCUGGUUUGUUCGUAUCCACAACCACCACCACCUGUUUUUAGUGUGAAGCUGUACGCUCUUACAGCCAGCCACAGCAUUUGGCAGUGGGAUUUGAACUGAAACCUCUCUGUGGUGACAGUUGGAUUUGAACUGAAACCUCUCUGUGGUGACAGUUGGAUUUGAACUGAAACCUCUCUGUGGUGACAGUUGGAUUUGAACUGAAACCUCUCUGUGGUGACAGUUGGAUUUGAACUGAAACCUCUCUGUGGUGACAGUUGGAUUUGAACUGAAACCUCUCUGUGGUGACAGUUGGAUUUUAAAGCGAAUAUGAAGGAAGAUGGAGGAUCACUUAAGAUGUUUCAGUGAUGUCAUCUUUAGUGACGCUGCUCCUUUUUCUCCCCUGACUUUGUGUAAUAUUUACUGGUACCAAAUUACAGACGUUGUUUAAAAGAAAUAGUAUAUGCUUAAAUGUAUUGUUAUUCUGCUUGCUGGCUUUUUUUUGUUGCUUUUAAAAAAAAAUGAUGUCCCAGCAGUAACAUCGUGCCAGAUUGGUGACAAAAUGGUGGGUGACUAGGAUGCAGGAAGGGGUCUCCCAAAUGACACCCUAGUAUCUAGAUAGUGCACUUCUUUUGACCUAUGGGAAUGAAAAAGCAGGAUAUGGACAACAUUCUUAGGAAAGCAAAGUAACUCUGGAUCAUUCUUCUUUUUUUCUUUUUCUGAUAAACGUGUCGGUCAAAAAAAUACUGCACGAUGUAGUAAACGAGUUGCCAUUUUGGGAUGAAAUCUACCACUGCGUACCAUCUCCCUGCUGUCCUGUAGGAUGCGGCUGUUGAUCCUCAGUUACAACAUCACACCUGAACAUAUAUUUUUUUUUUAGAAUGGUUAAGUGAGCUAGCUCCACCAAGCCGUCUGUCAUGUUGUUUUCUAUUUAAGGGGAUCGCGUAGGGGAUGUCCUGGUUCCAGAUCUCCUGGGGUUUGGUCUGUACCCAGAAGUUCAUACCGUUUCUCUGCCGUACCGGGGUAUGCGGUAUUACCGAAUGUGCACAGAAGUUGUUGGCUCUAUUUUUAUGCACAAAACAAUUUAGGUAACAGGGGCUCUUGAUCCAGGAAGGGAUUGAACGUCUCUGCUGUAACCAAGUAGCUUGAUCUUGACAUCUCAACACUUUGCUAACAAGUCAACAAGCACCGUGCAUAGCUGGAGCCCUGAGCUGGAUAUAAUUUAUUUAACACAUCUUAGAUUUCUUAUAGUUAUUCUAAAUUUAAAGUUAGCACUCUCUCCCAUAACAACCACCCCCCACCCCAAAAACCCUCAAUUCUAAAUCAUACCAUUUGUUAUUACCCCGGUAUAAAUUGUAUAUAUCGCCCAAGCCUUUUGUCCUCUAAUGACCAUAG